UGACAUCAUUUAUCAUUGUAUAAUUCGAAAAUAAAUAUUUUAAACAUCGAUAUUACAGAUUUUAUUACGUUACAGAAAUAUACAUAUUGUUAUUACAGCUGUAAUUCUAUUCAUGUACAAUUAUACGAGAUAUACACAUUAAAAUCGUUAGACCAUCUUGGAGCAAGUUCUGUCAGUUGAUCGAGCGAAAUAAAUAAUUUUUCGGUAUUUGCGAUAAAGAAUUAAAAGCAGAGUAACUUAAACAGAAUAAGUAUAGGCAUCUAUACUAUACACCGAAACACCGAAAGCAAGUUUUCGCGGCUUAAUCACGUGAUCAUCUCUCUUCGCUGCCCUAUACUUUCCAGCCGAUAACGAAUCAGAAAUUAGUCGAUCAUGUCAAUAAAACUGUGUAGUAAUUUUCUGAACCAUGUACCACUUUACCUACGGGUACCAGCUUUUGCAUUACCCUAUUUUUCACCACGGAACUUAUUUUCGUCGAUGAUACUAAAUAAUGCCACGGAGGAACGUAAAAUUAAUGUCGAUGGGAUAAACAUUAAUUACCUGAAAGUUGGAACUGGAGAACAUCCAAUAUUACUCUUACCUGGUAUUAUGGGCACGAUUUGGAACGAUUUUGGACCACAAGUGAAAAAUCUGGACCGAAAGAAAUUUACUCUGAUAGCAUGGGACCCUCCAGGCUACGGAAAAUCGAGGCCACCCGAAAGAUCGUUCACGGAUGAUUAUUUGCAACGAGAUGCCAUUACUGCCCGUAAUUUAAUGAAACUGUUAGGGUACACAAAGUUUUCAUUACUAGGGUGGAGUGAUGGUGGCAAUACUUCCUUGCUAUUGGCUUCGAUGUUCCCCGAAAAUGUUAGAAAAAUGAUAGGCAUUGCCCCACACUCCUACAUGACGUUAGAGGAGGUCAACAUUUACAAAAAAUUGAAGAACAUCGACAAUUGGUCCGAGAAAAUGCGAACACCGAUAUUGGCGGUAUACGGAGCCGAAUACUUUCGGAAAACCUGCUCCGAUUGGGUCGAUAUGGUUGAAAGAGUUUACGAGAAACAGAACGGCGAUAUAUGCAGACAGUCCCUCGCGAAGAUUAAAUGUCCUACUUUAAUCGUAUAUGGGAACAAAGAUGCUAUUGUUGUUCCCGAGCAUCCGGUUUAUUUAAAGGAGCACAUCGCUGGGGCAAAGUUGGAGAUCUUUGAAAACGGAGGACACAGUCUGCAUUUACGAUACCCUGAAAAAUUCAACGAUCUUGCUACUAGAUUUUUAACCGAAUAAUUUAUGUUAAGGUGUUAUGUUUGAUGUUUUUUUGGUAGGAAGACAUCCUUAUCGAGUGCUCGAACCGUUCGUUCUACGAUGGAAUACAUCGAAUGCAUGACGCGGCAUAGAGGACAUACGUG